CCCAAUCCAGACCCUCCGAUUCCGCCUCUGGGGCUGGAGGCAUCGGCGUCUUUCUCCCCUGUCUUUGGGGGCGCUUGUGGGGCAGCAUCCAUGGCUUUUGCUGGGCUCCCCCUGAUGCUGCUGGUGGGGGCGCUGGCCCGGAUCCCCGGAAGCGAAGGGGGGAAGGAGACCCCCGCCCAUUUCCUGCACCAGAUGAAGACCGAAUGCCGCUCCUUCAAUGGGACGCAGCGGGUGCGGUUCGUGGACAGGCAGAUGUACAACCGGCAGGAGUUUGUCCGCUUCGACAGCGACCGCGGGGAGUUUGAGGCCGUCACUCCGUUGGGGCAGCCAGAUGCAGACAAGUGGAACAGCGACCAGGUCUUCCUGCAGUACACAAGGGGCCAAGUGGAUGCCUUGUGUCGCUACAACUAUGAGCUUCUCCAAAGGAAUUCUGUGAUUGGUUGGAGAGCCAAGCCCACCAUCACCAUCUCCCCCACCAAAAUGGAACCCGACUCCCCCAACACCAUCCUCCUCUGCACCGCUACGGGCUUUUACCCCGUGGAGAUUGAGAUCCAGUGGCUGAAGAACGGCCGGCCGGAGAAGGAGGGUGUGGCGUAUGGGGAGGAGCUCCAGAACGGAGACUGGACCUACCAGCUCAUGGUGAUGCUGGAGACCCAGCCCCAGCGGGGGGACGUCUACACUUGCAAGGUGGAUCACGCCAGCCUGGAGGCCCCCGUCACUGUCCAAUGGGAGCCCCGUACCUCCAGCUCUGCCAAGAGCAAACUCUGGACGGGGAUAAUGGGAGCUGUGAUAGGAGUGUCCUUCUUUGCAGUGGGGCUCUACUCUUACCUGAAGGCCAAGAAAGCCCUCGUGACUUAAUGCUGCUCUCAGAUGCAAAAGGAUGUUUUUUCUUCAGGAGCUGAUGAAUUUCUGGCUUUUUUGCAACAUCUGAAAAUGGAGGUUGUAGGUGGCAGGUUGGAAGGAUGAGAACUGGACCUUCUCCUGCUGAGACCCUUCCCCAGCAGGGUCUCAUUUUCAUUUGGGGGGGGGGAGAGGGAAGGUGUGGGGACAAUCUAGACCAGGGAUGUCAAACUCAAGGCCCAGUGCUUAAAUCUGGUUACAUUCUAGCUUAAAUCUGGGUGCUUAAAUCCGGUUACAUUCUAGGGUGCUUAAAUCUGGUUACAUUCUAGCAGUAAUUGCUUUCUUUCAAGUGUUUACUCUUGAGCUUGCCUGGGGUAUGAGCUGUGGA